GAGAGCAAGAAGAACAAGACUGAAGAUUGAUUGCCAUUUGAAUUUGGGGCCGUAAAAAGCUUUGGUCUCUGCCAAUUUGUAUUGUACUCAGUGCACACGCAUUCACCAGAACGCCCACUUUAGUCUUCAAAUUCCCUCCACUGAUCUUCCAUUUCUGCAAAUUCUUGAAACCACGUAUUUCACGUUGUUUUCUUUGAUUACAGCAUCUCAACAAACAAUCUGCACAGCUAUAUAAGCAGAUUCCAUGGAUUUCUCUUCUUUAAAUAUCUGAAAACCAUCAUCCUUCAUUAGAUUGUCCAUCAUUUGGGGAUUUGGGCUUCAAUCAUUCUGUUUUCUUCGCUAUUUUGUUCGAAUUUGUCAUUGUCGAUUGAAUUAGAGGAACGCCAUUUGAGGAAUUGGGUGUUUGCGCUGAGGUUUGACCGGCGUGGGAUCUGAAACUUGUGGAGUUUGGGUGUUUGAAAUCGGAUUGAGAGCUAGAAAUGGGGAGUUUGAGGGCGAUUUUGAGUCAUCCGGAUGACUUUUAUCCGCUUUUGAAACUGAAAAUGGCUGCUAGACAUGCGGAGAAGCAGAUCCCGCCGGAGCCUCAUUGGGGAUUUUGCUAUUCCAUGCUGCAUAAGGUUUCUCGAAGCUUUGCUCUCGUUAUUCAGCAGCUUACGCCCGAGCUUCGAAAUGCUGUAUGCAUAUUUUAUCUUGUUUUGCGAGCCCUCGACACUGUUGAGGAUGAUACAAGCAUAGAAACAGAUAUCAAAGUGCCCAUUCUGAACGCUUUUCACCGUCACAUAUAUAACCCUGAUUGGCACUUUUCAUGUGGCACAAAGCACUAUAAAGUUCUUAUGGAUGAGUUUCAUCACGUUUCAACUGCGUUUCUUGAACUUGCAAAAGGGUACCAGGAAGCGAUUGAGGAUAUCACGAAACGAAUGGGUGCCGGAAUGGCUAAAUUCAUUUGCAAAGAGGUAGAGACAGUUGACGAUUAUGAUGAAUAUUGCCACUACGUAGCUGGACUUGUCGGACUUGGUUUGUCAAAGUUGUUCCACGCAUCGAAGUUGGAGGAUUUGGCAUCUGAUUCUCUUUCAAAUUCUAUGGGAUUGUUUCUUCAGAAAACAAACAUUAUUCGAGAUUACUUGGAGGACAUCAAUGAGAUACCGAAAUCUCGAAUGUUUUGGCCUCGCGAGAUUUGGAACAAAUAUGCUGAUAAAUUAGAGGAUUUUAAAUAUGAGAAGAAUUCGGUCAAGGCUGUGCAAUGCCUCAAUGAUUUGGUCACUAAUGCUUUGAACCAUGUGGAGGAUUGUCUGACAUACAUGUCUAACUUAAGAGAUCUUUCCAUAUUUCGAUUUUGUGCAAUCCCUCAGAUUAUGGCGAUUGGAACCUUAGCAUUAUGCUACAACAAUGUCGAAGUCUUCAGGGGGGUCGUCAAAUUGCGUCGGGGUCUUACUGCAAAGAUCAUUGAUCGAACGAAAACAGUUGCAGACGUCUAUGGAGCUUUCUUUGAUUUCUCUGUUAUGCUGAAGGCUAAGGUCAACAACAAUGAUCCUAAUGCUGCUAAAACCCUGAGCAGGAUUGAGGCAAUACAGAAAACAUGCAAGGAGUCGGGUCUCUUGAACAAACGGAACUUGUAUGUGGUAAGAAGUGAGCCAAUGUACAAUCCAGCUGUGAUUGUCAUCCUUUUCAGCCUAAUAUGCAUCAUUCUCGCGUAUCUCUCCGCCAGACAGUUACCAGCUAACCAACCCAUAUGAGCAUCGAACUCCGGACAGGAGUUUGAACCGAACAUGCCAUGAACUUGGACGGUAUGAUUUAGUUUUUGGCUCCAUAAUCUUCCUCAGAGCUUUGUUUAAAUGUUACAAAGGGUGUAAGUUAGUGUGUUGUUAAGUACAGACCAGGAAACGAGUGAGAUCUUGUAGCAUUCUAAUGGGGAUGUGUAGUGUAAUGGUUGACAUGGAAGUAAGCUUUGUUCUUGUUUUUUCAAUAUUCUAUUAAGGGAUUAAGUUUUGGAAUUAAAA